CACAUACCAGCGGAUGAAAAUGUUGUACUGAUAGGAUGCUGAACUGUUUUCCGUUUUUGUGAGCACACGUUUCGAUUUUAUUCGCACAGUAUUUCACAUCUUUCUGUGGAAAUGGAGAAUCUGAUGCAAGUAGCUUGUAUGUCUAUUCUUGGCUUGACUUCUGUUUUGGGGCAGAUCCGUUAUACCGUGCUGGAAGAGAAAGAACCUGGCACUUACGUAGGUAAUGUCGCUACCGAUAUAUCAUUAGAUAUUAAAAGUCUACCUCAUAGAAAUAUUCAUAUCGUUUCUUCUACCCAAAGUCAGCAUUUUGAUGUAAACCCAGUGAAUGGUAAACUACUGAUAAAAGACCGAAUAGAUCGAGAGCAGCUUUGCAGCGUAAACCCUGUAUGCCUUAUGAAUAUUGAAGUAAUGUUAGAGAACCCAAUUGAACUUUAUCAUGUGGAAAUCAAUAUAGUAGACAUUAAUGAUAAUGCACCAGCAUUUGAUGAAAAUAAAGUAAUAAUCAAUAUUUCGGAGAAUGUUGUGCCUGGGGCCCGUUUUCCAAUUGAGCGAGCCUAUGACCCAGAUAUUGGAACGAAUUCCGUCAGUGUUUAUCAGCUUAGCCCUAACAAAUAUUUUACUCUGAAAUAUCCUAACCCUAAAGAUAAUAUCGUGUUCCCAGAACUUCUACUAGAAAGAGCACUUGACAGGGAGCAGGAUAAAACGCACCUGCUAACAAUGACAGCUUAUGAUGGGGGGCACCAACAGCAUUCUGCUGUGGCUAAGAUUAUAGUUAACGUGUUAGAUGCCAAUGACAAUCCUCCUGUAUUCAGCCAGAGCCAGUAUGUUGUAACCCUGGAAGAAAAUGCUCCCAAAGGGAGUUUAGUCAUUAAAUUAAAUGCCACUGAUUUAGAUGAAGGUACAAAUGCUGAAAUCAUUUAUACUUUCAGUGCCAGAACCGCUCUGAAGGCGCAAGCGACUUUUAGCUUAGACACUUUUAGUGGUGCAAUCACAUUGAACGGUUCAGUGGAUUUCGAAGAUGCCAGCAUAUAUGAACUGUAUAUUCGUGCCAUGGACAAAGGACCGUAUUCCGAGGCUGUCCACUGCACAGUAUCAGUAGAGAUUGUCGAUGUAAAUGACAACAGCCCACAAAUUACUGUAAAGUCUGCAUCACAUUCAGUCCCGGAGGAUGCGCCUUUAGGUACUGUAGUCGCCAUUAUUAAUGUUGGAGAUAAAGACGCUGGUGCUAAUGGUCGUGUUAGCUGUAGGGUUUCUGAUAAUCUUCCAUUCCAGCUGAAGCCCUCCCGAAAUAAUUACUACAGUCUUGUAACUAGUGAUCUUUUGGAUCGAGAGCUGGUACCAGAGUAUAAAGUAUCAAUAUGGGCCAGCGAUCAGGGGUAUCCAGUCCGAUCAGCUUAUAAAACGGUGGAUAUCAAAGUGGACGAUGUCAAUGAUAACCCACCCAGGUUUUCUAAAACCUUUUACGAGGUAUAUGUCACUGAAAAUAAUGUUCCAGGGUCCAUAAUCGGUAGAGUAACUGCCGAAGAUCUCGAUUUAGGCCAGAAUGCUCAGAUUUCUUACUCCUUUAUUGGAAACCAACUAAAGGCUGAACUCUUGUCCACAUAUUUCUCAGUGGGGUCAGAGGAUGGUGCCAUAUUUGCGUUGACUUCUUUGGAUUAUGAGAAAAUGAGAGAAUACAAGUUUGAGAUACAAGUCAGAGAUGCUGGUGUCCCACAGCUAACCGGAACAGCCACUAUAAAUGUCUACGUAGUAGAUGUAAAUGACAAUGCUCCAGAAAUACUGCAACCAUCCGCAAUGAAAGGCUCUGAAGUAGCUAACAGAAUACCUAGAUCUUCAACUGCAGGAUACUUGGUAGCGAAAAUAUCAGCAGUUGAUGCUGACGUGGGUCAUAAUGCUUUGCUUUCUUACCAGCUUCUUAAAUCAGAUGCACUUGAACUCUUCACUAUAUCUAAGUACACCGGAGAAAUACGAACUACAAGGCAAUUUCUAAUUAAUGACUCAUCAGCUCACACUCUAGUGAUCAUGGUUAAAGACAAUGGGCAACCAGCACUGUCAACCACAACUGUUCUGCACUUGGUCCUAGCAGACAAUGAUCCAGAAGUUCUUCCAAAUGUUAACAGGCAGUUUAGCAGCCAAGAAGGUAUCUCAGACCUCAAUGUAUAUUUGAUCAUCUGCUUACUAUCCAUCAUCUUCUUGUUCUUUGUAAUCGUUUCUGUAACUGUUGUCCUACGUUGUUGCUACAACACUUCAGACGUUGGUCCCCGGAUUAAUUUAUGCUGCGCUUGGAAGAAGGCUACAUCUUGUAGAGGCCAGCAAAUCAGUAACUUUGUAACACCUCAUGGUCACGAGGGUGUUCGGGCUUAUGUGGAAGUACGUAGCAGCGGUUCUUUCUAUAAGGUAGACACCUACAGAAUGUCCGUACCUCAAACACUGAAAGACGAUUUUAUUACAAUUGACUUCCCAAGUGCAAAUAAUUCAAACCCUUGUAUUCAGCAGCAUCAGCCAUGUCUUCUUUAUAAUUGCAGCACUGGACCCCAUUCACGAUCUGAGGUAAGAUCUAGACAUGUAUAACCUAAUGCGUGGCUUUUCUGCUUUAAUGUGGAGCUUACACUUUAGUGUUACUAUAAUCACGUCAACAAUAAUUAUUACUUUCAUGUAAUAAGAUGCAGUUACAUGAUUAUAUUCAUGUAUAUCAAUAUCCAACCAAGUAAGUAAUUACUUACACAAACGAAUGCCUUCCUGUGCUUUCUAAAAGACAAAAUAAAUGAAGCUACCAGAGCUGGACCCCU